AUGUCCGGCCGAACGGAAAUCAAGUCCCUCAUCGACCAAGGCUACGAUCCGCUCCACACGGAACACUGGGAGGCCAUCGAGUUUGACGAUAAACUGGAUCACCUCAGCCUGAUUGAUCAACGGCUUAAAAGCUUCCGGAAACCGGAUAUGCAGGUUCGUAUCGGGGACACCCAUUUCGACUGCCACUCGCUGUUGCUCCAGUGCUAUUCGGAGGCGUUCGACGAGCUGGAAAACGAACGGGCGGUGAUUCUGCCGCAGGAAAAGGUAACACCAGAAGCAUUCCAGAUCAUAUAUGCCUGGAUGCUGGCACCCAAGGCGGACAUCAAGAGGGAGCACUUCGUUGAGGUCUUCGUUGCAGCGGAAUAUCUACGGAUAAAGCAUCUGAUCAACCAGUGCUGGAUCUGUAUGGAUAGCAUCGAGGCACUUGUGGAGGACCGUGCCUUUCUGUUGUACAUCGAAGCGGCACGGUUCCAGCAAACCAUUCUUCAGAAUAUGCUUCUGAAGAGGAUCUGCAAGUUCUUUCUACCGUUGGUCGCUUCAAGAGAAUUCAUGCAAUUGCCACUGGAAGAUCUGAACAUCCUGCUCAAAUCGAGUUACAUUGGAGUGUUCUCCGAGGCGGACGUCUUCUAUGCGGCAUGCAUCUGGCUGCUCGAGGAUUGGGAAAACCGACAAGAACAUGUCAGCGAAGUUAUGAAUUUGGUCCGGUUUACCCUGAUUCGUCCGAGCUUGCUAGCCCAGUUGAACAGCUUCGAUGCGGACGAGCGGAUCCAUGAUAUUUUGAGGCACGAAACUACCAAGUACCUGGUGGCGCAGGCUUUGAAUUACGCUUUUUCCAGCAAAUCCUUUGCAGAGAUGUCCGAUCAUCGCCUCAGUAGUCGCAGAGCAAACCGCGUAGCAAUACAAAAGCUUGCAGAUCGCACUUGGCUGGAAGAUUUGGACGCCUUUAGGGAGGAAGGUGAAAUGGGAAUAUACGCCUUCACUCCGGAGGAUUACAGCUACGAAACUUUUCUGGAGAGACUGGGCCAUUUAAGUCGGGAUCGUGACUGCUGGAAACGCUGGCAGAAGGUGGAAAUAAAUGUCGAAUCGCUGCUAACUCCGCGGAUCAGUCUACUGAAAACACCGAGCGACGAACACGGAGAAACUUCCGGAAUAUACUGA